AUGCCCCCGGGGUCCAUUUCCUCGACCCGUCUGGGCCAAUCGGAACGGCCCAACAACUGUGCGGUCUCUGCGCCUUCUCUCGGCUUUCCACUUCCCUACGCGCUUGCCCAAGGGCAGCUCUCUCUCUCUCGAAUCAUUGUGUCGCAAUUACCCCACAUUUUAUAUCCCACGGAUCCGCCGACUUUUGGAGUGUUUUUUGUACGACGUUAAACGCUCUGUUUUUUAUUGUUUGCAUUGUAUUUACAUGUUCAGCCGGUUUUUCUGCACGCUAAGAUCGAUUUCUUCUCACUUGAGGAGGGUUUUGGGAUGCCUAUUUACUAGAUUUUGCAAGUAGAAGUUUAGGAAUUGUGAUGAUUUUCGAAGAAAGUCAUCAAAAUUCGAUCCUCGCCAUUAUCUCUGGCCAUCUCUCCUAAUUUUUCACAAUCUUUCGCAUGAAAAUCCCUUUUUUUUCAGUGCUUUCUGUAAAGAGCCAGGAAAACCAUUUUUUAUCAGAACGAUUUGAAAAAAACUUCGACUAACCCUUGAACUUUAGCGCCCCUUCUCUUGUUUACAUCCCAAAUUAUCUCCCCAUUCCCAGUCUUUUUGCCAUUUUUAUUGCCAGAGACGUCCAAACCUCAGAUUAUCAUCUCAAAAGCCCCUAAAUUCCGAAACGGAUGCUUUGUUUUGAGCAUUAAACGUAUUGAACUUUUAUAGUGCGGCCGUAAACCGAGGGGUGAGUUUCGGGUGAAUCUCGGGACAAACAACUCUCCCCCCGAAGGGCACACAGAUUUUGGGAUUUAUUUCUCAAAACUUUUGGGGCCGGAUUUGCGCAGUUUACGACUAAUUUUUGCGAUUCGGACAGCUUUGUAUUUGACGGUCUGCGAGUCAAGGAAUAAUAAAUGAAUCAUCAGACCUUCCUGAAUCAAUCCCUUUCGCCCGUUCUUUUUCGGAAACAAUCGAAAUGAAUUUAGAUCUCUCGACGUACAGAAAGCAUUGAUUUUAUGAUCUUUUAGUCUCCAAUUCCCUAUUCCGCAAGGUCGCUGAAUAGCUUUUGGGGGAAAAAUUGCUGAAUUUUUGAAGCAAAAAAUGAAAACCUUUUUUUUCUUGCCAGAUUUACCUGCAGUGAAGGACCCGAUCCAGUGGCAAAAAACGUAAAAUUUUGUAUCCGGGAAGCAUCAAAAAUGUGGCAAAAUUCUUCCCUCUCCAAGCGAAAAAACUUCGUUUUGAAAGCCGAGUUUUUUCACCGGGAGAGGGAAGUAUUUUGCCACAUUUUUGAUACUUCGGAUGCAAAAUUUUACGUUUUUUGACACUGGAUCAGGUCCCCUACUGUAUGAUCUUAACGGUUGUCUGGAAACUCGAAAGUCCAGUUUGAUUAUUAAAGGUCUUCUUUCGACCGCAAGUUAUUAUGACCCGCGGUCCGAAAGCGGUUGGAACCCGUUCGAAACACGCGAUGAUCGAUGGCCGCGCUUUUUCGUAAUAUUUCCCAGUAAAAUCGUCUCUAUUUUUCAGCGUGGAGUCUCCUAAAGAGCAAAACGGUGUGCCUCCUUGAACUUGGGACCUUUCUGUUCGUUCAGGUCUUCGACUUGGUUCCCAUUUCGAUUUGAAUCAAUCUUGUAGAUAACAAUCCUGUUCAUCUACAAGAUCGAGUGCAAUUUGGCACUGCCUUCAGCUUCAACCCCGAACGGUCUGACCUCUUGGUCAGAAGCCCCCCGGAGCCGGCCGCCACAACGGCGACAUCUGUGCAACGCGUCGCGCCGCUGCAGGCGCACCAGCCGGCUGUCGUCGCGACCUCCUUCGACGCCGCCAACAACAACGAAAAGACGGACGAGAAGCGGAAAGAACACGACGAGCCCGACGAUCCCGCCGAUCUUGCUGACGACCCGAAGAGCGUGUUCUCCAAGACGGACCAGCGCGGCGACCAACGCGCACCGGACGAACGGGUAGGCGAAGAUCUUCUCGCGGGCGACAGCGCCAACGAAGACAAGGAGCAGAUCGCGCCGCACGUCGGCCCCACAUCCGCAACCACGGCAACUCAGGUCGCCUCCCAACCGGCAGCAAUUACGACGUCAUCGAGCACGGUGGUGUCGCCGGCGGCCGUCCAGGCCAGCCCUCCGCCGGCCUCGCCCACCGCCCCCACUCCGCCCACUCAGGCAGCUCCACCAUGCACAACCAGCUCGACCACGGCCCCAACACUGACUACCACACAGUCUACCUCGUCGACUGGAUCCAGUCAGCAGUCGGGCAAUGAUCGACAUCAUCAGCCGGCCGUGCAUUCGCAGAUACCCCAUAGAAGUGGGGGUGGAGAAGGUGCACAUCACAAAUUUGAUGUCCGAGGAAUCCCAAGGUGAGCUAGACUCUCCUUUUCGAUCGUAUUCAACCCAAAAGAAGCCAAAUUACGCAUCAAAAACUUGUUUUCUUGUCCCCAAAAAUUGAACAGAAUGCCACAAAAAUUUGGCAUUUAUUUUUUUCGCUUCGGGACGCGCUUCCGUGCAUCAUGAAGCUAUAAAAAAUUAUUUUCCCCCCUCGAUUUCCGAUCGUUUUCCGCUUGUAAUGAACAAAGUCGAUGUGCGUCCGCUGAAAAUGUACGUCUGAGUUUGUAAAAAUGUUUAUGACGGCGUAUAAUAGGUAAAAGAGAGCUUUUUCAUUUCGAAUUUCCAUUUUUAUAGCCAAUUUCGGUCUGAUUCGAUUCUUAUCUGAUCGAGAGAAUUUUUCAGCGCUUCACAAUCGUCACACCAUCAUCAUCACCAUCAUCAUGGAGCGGCGAGCGGACCAAAUUCGUCUUCCAAAGGCAUGAGUUCGUCGUCCUCGUCUUCCAGAAUGAUGUCCUCCCGGUCGCGGGCAGCGGAUGAGCCACACAUUGGGCGUUAUCGGCUUCUCAAAACAAUUGGCAAAGGAAAUUUUGCGAAAGUAAGUUGACUUUUUAUUUUUGUGUUUUUUGCUUUUAGAAGGUGUUAUUCAUCCGCAGACGAGAUGUAAUUAAAAUAAGCUCAAAAAAUUAGAGAAAAUAAGAUCUCAAUCAGUCAAAAGUGGGCCAAACUUUCUGUUACUGAUUCUACAAAUUUCAGGUAAAGCUAGCACGUCAUAUUCCAACGGGGAUUGAUGUUGCGAUCAAAAUUAUCGACAAAACUGCCCUAAACCCCUCGAGUCUUCAAAAACUCUUCCGUGAGGUGCGAAUAAUGAAACAGUUGGAUCAUCCCAACAUUGUAAAGCUCUACCAAGUCAUGGAGACUGACCAGACUCUGUAUUUGGUUAUGGAAUACGCCUCCGGCGGAGAAGUUUUCGACUACCUUGUUGCACAUGGCCGAAUGAAGGAGAAGGAGGCUCGAGCAAAGUUCCGACAGAUUGUUUCGGCUGUGCAGUACCUGCACUCAAAGAACAUCAUUCAUCGUGAUCUGAAAGCCGAGAAUUUGCUGUUGGAUGCGGACAUGAACAUCAAGAUUGCCGAUUUUGGGUUCAGCAAUCAGUUCAGUGCGGGUAAGUUGGAUUUUGUUGAUUUUUUUCGGUUUUUAGGGUUUUUGCUUCGGCUCUCAGAUUUUGAUGAGGUUUGGGGCGAGACUAGAAGUUGUUAAGCGUACCAAUAGAAUAUUUUUUCGUUGAGUUUUGAGGCUUUGAUACCUAAAAAGUUUAUUUUUCCCGUUUUGUCGUUGGCAGCUGCCAAGAAUGUCCCUUAAUUUUUAGACUUCAUCUUAGAAGUGUUGCAAAGAUUUGUACUAAAUUUAACAGAUGGUCGAGCUCUAGUUUUUUCAAAGCACUUUAAUUUAUCUUAUCGGUCCCAGCAGCUAAAACAAUAUAAUUUCUGGUUUUAGGUACAAAAUUAGACACAUUUUGCGGCAGCCCUCCCUACGCGGCCCCUGAAUUGUUCCAAGGAAAGAAGUACGAUGGUCCCGAAGUUGAUGUCUGGUCAUUAGGCGUUAUUUUGUACACCUUGGUCUCCGGAUCUCUUCCAUUCGACGGCCAGAAUUUGAAGGUUUGUUUUUUUUUAACUAAUUAGAAUGUUUUUUGUUAUAUUUAUGGCCUAUGAAGUCUUUGCUAAUCUUCACCAUUUCAGGAGCUUCGUGAACGAGUUCUUCGUGGCAAAUAUCGAAUCCCCUUCUACAUGUCGACGGAUUGCGAGAACUUGCUCAAGAAAUUCUUGGUUCUGAAUCCGGCACGCCGUGGUACCCUCGAGCAAAUCAUGCGGGAUAGGUCCGGGUUUGGUUUUACUCCUCAUUUUCUCGAUGUAACUUGGCACACAGUGGUGGUUGUCAUUUUUGGUUCGUAAUUUGGGUCAUAAUCGGCGUCUUUGAAAAAAUUUUAAAAAAUUUUGUACUUUUUUGAUUUUUUUUCAAUAUUUGAAUUCAAGACGGAGUUUAUGACUUCAAUAAGCACUGGUUCCAUUAUCUUUUUGGUGAAGGCAAAAUUUUUAUAUUAUCCAUGACGACCUACUGUACCUUCGAAAAAUCGGAUUUGUAAAGUUUUUUUUGCAGAUGGAUGAAUAUGGGAUAUGAAGACGACGAAUUGAAGCCCUACAUUGAGCCAACCAAGGACCAGCGCGAUGAGAAGAUCAUCCAAGUCUUGAAGAGUUUGGGGUACAGCUCGCAGACCAUCAACGACGCCCUGGACCGAGAGCGAUUCGAGGAAGUUCAUGCCACAUAUCUAAUGCUGAAGGCUUCCAAACAAGACCUCGAGACUCCGCUGCCCGGCACCGUUCCCCAAAACCAACAAGGAGUGGACUCGAAUCCGCUAAGCCAAAGCAGCGGCGGAAAUUCGGCCCAAUCCAAGUACCAAAACCGCUCAUAUUCGGCCCAAGUCCAGUCGAAACAGGCCCGACGACAGUCACACGCAGAAGGAGCGACCUCCGGCAACCAACCAACCUUCCAUGUCCCCAAUCCGAUCCCUGGCCAAAGGCUGGGAGGUGUGCCGGCAGCUGUAGCCCCAAGUGCCAUUGCGCCGGCCGGAGUUGUCUUGCGGAAUGCCCCGUUCAGUGCGGGAAGAGCGCCGGCUUUGUCGGUGCAGACUCCACAUUCAGGUAGGAGAUUGAUAAAAAAAAUUGGGGAUUUUUAAUAAUUUUUUUUGCCAAUUGCAGGGGGAUCGCUGAAUAGCUUUUGGGGGAAAAAUUGCUGAAUUUUUGAAGCAAAAAAUGAAAACCUUUUUUUUUCUUGCCAGAUUCGUUUACCUACAGUGAAGGAGCCGAUCCAGUGGCAAAAAACGCAUGAUUUUACAUCCGUGAAGUAUCAAAAAUGUGGCAAAAUGCCUCCCUCUCAGACUUGAAAAUCCCCUUUUUGACGGGCGCGCCCUUUCCCUCACAAAAAAAAGAAUGGGCGCGCUUUUGAAAUUUGAGUUUUUUUCACUUGGAGAGGGAAGCAUUUUGCCAUAUUUUUGAUGCUUCCCGGAUGCAAAAUGGUACGUUUUUUGCCACUGGAUCAGGUCCCCACUGUAGCCCCUCUUACCAUUUUUUGGACAUCAAUUUGGACUUUUUUCUCUUAUACGACCGUUUACUUUGCUAUAUGUAACAUUAUUUUUUUUCGAAAAAAUUAAUAAAAUUAUUAUAGGUUAUCAUCCCGUCCCAGCGCCCAGCCAACGCCCCAGCGCCGGCCACACGAUCAACGCAUCGGCGGCGCGCAAGGGCUCGGCCCCAGGCCGUGUCCCCAUGAACAAGGGAAUGCAAUUUGUCCGCCCCGCUGAAACCAACUCGAAUGGAUCGAGCUCGGCCCGCACCACCAACUGGUUCCCGAUGAAUCAACUUCGCGACGCUCUACCGAAUCAAGUCCCAAACUCGGCGAAGCUGGCCGCAAAAGCCAAUCAGAUUCAACAGAAUCCGCCGGCGACAAUACCGUCGGUGAAUGUGGCUGCUCUGCAGGUAAGAAGGGGAUAAUUUUGAGGGAUCUUACAGUCGACAGGGUAAGACGGGACAGAAGAGUUUUUUUUUGGCAAUUUUCCGACCUUAAAAUAUAUGUUUUUUUACUUAUUUCUUACCGAAAUUUCUUUCCGCGCAGAUGGCAUGUAAUUUGCAGAAGUCGGGCUCGGUCUCACACGCCCCUCGUGAGCCCUCCAUCAAGGAAGACGAGGACGAACAGUCCGAAUCCACAACUGGAGGCAACACCACCUCUUCCAACUCAACUUUGCCCAUCAUUGGAGGUCAUCCCGGCUCCACCACACCCCAUCCGCCAGCAGAUCCGGACUCGGUUCAGUUAUCACCGAAUCACUCCAGUCAGGAGCGAUCGGUGACCCCAUUGGCCCCGCAAAUCAACGAGCCAAAUUCUCAGCAGAAUCGAGCGGGUAAGUGGGAUUGGGGAUUGAAAUUAGAUUUUUUUAAUUUUGAUGGCAAUUGUAAGGUGCUUUUGAUGUUUUGAGAGGUUUACAAGGUACUAAAGGGCUUUUCAAAAUAUAAUUUUUGGGAUUUUACCCCUUUGGUGUAAAGUAUUAUUCAUUCUUUGCAGUUUCAGGACUCCAUCAGAGCCCUUCGAUGCCCCCGCAAAUGCUGAAGACCCUAUCUCAGCAGGAGGAGCCCAAAAUGACGAAAAGUGUAACGCACGGAGGCCCAGGCCCCCAAAACGCAACGGCGAUCUCAGUUCAACCGGCGUCCGGAGCCUCGAAUUUCCCCCGAAACUCGAGGAAUCGGCAGACCUUUCACGGCAAAACCGAACAUAAUAGAGGAAGCCACGACGAGGAGGAGUCGGACGUAGAAGCCCCGAACCCCACCGUCCCACAAACCGCUCAAGCAAAUCAACGCGGGUUUUUUCUGAGCAAGCUGACCAAAUUGACGAAACGGUAAGAAAAGAAUUUUUUUUUUUUUGAAUUUUUUAUUGGGUGGGAGGUUAGUUGAGGACUAAAAAAUAGAAUGGAAUUUAAAAUUUUUGGGGAUUCUUUGCUUUUUUUUGCUUACUGGGAGCUGAUCCAGUGGCAAAAAACAUACCAUUCUGCAUCCGGGAAGUAUCAAAAAUGUGGCAAAAAGCUUCCCUCUCCAAGCGAAAAAACUCCGAUUUUUGUGAGGAAAAGGCGCGCCCUUCAAAACGAAGUUUUUUCACUUGGAGAGGGAAGCAUUUUCCCACAUUUUUUGAUACUUCCCAGAUGCAAAAUGUCACGUUUUUUGCCACUGGAUCAGGUCCGUCAAACUGUAAUUUGACGGCGAAAAUUAUGCUCUCAAAUUUCAGUAACACCACCGAUGGCCCCACCCAGCCCAGCAAAGGCGUCGGCCGGAGCGGAACGAUUGGCCCAUCGGCCGGAGCGGCCUUGGCUCAGCUGCAACAACAGGCCCAACACCAAGACCCGACCACGAUAAAUUCGGCAACAGUGGGAAGCGCUGGAACCGGCACUAUGCCAACCACCCCUCCAGGAUUUGCAUCCGCCCCGAGCACUCCGAACGCCCAACCCGGAGCCGAUAAUGAGGUGAAACCGAGGUCGUUGCGAUUCACAUGGAGCAUGAAGACUACAAGUUCAUUGCCACCGGAUGUCAUAAUGAAGUAAGUAUGGGAUUUUUGAGAGAGAAUUGGGCAUUUGGAGGGAUUUUAUGGAGUGGGGUUUUUAAACCAAAAUUUAUGUUACUUUAGGUGAUUUUGGCUAAAUUAAGGUCGAAAAUUGCGGGUUUCGGUCGGUUCUGGACUUUAGAUGGCUGUAUCUGAUAGUUCAGUAAGAAAUAGAAGGAUUUUUUAGGUAAUAGGACAGUAGACAUGUUCUUUUAAAGAUUAGAAAGCUGGAAUUUUUUUUUUUGAUUUAUUUUUGACCAUGAUAUAUAUAAUUUGUUUUCAGAGAGAUCAAGAAAGUGCUGGACGCGAACAAAUGUGACUACGAACAAAGAGAGCGCUACUUGUUGCUCUGCGUACACGGCGACCCCAACUCGGACUCACUGGUACAAUGGGAAAUGGAGGUAAGCGCCGGUUUAAUCGGAUUUGAGACGAAAGGAAAUCAGAUUUGUCUGGGAAAACAAUGGACAAAGAGAGGGGAGAAAGUAAUGUAAAAAAAAUUGAGACGGAAAAGGAAUUUUUGCGGAGUUGGACGAUUGGGGAAACCGAAAAGUAUUAUUUUUCUUCGAUGCAAGUGUGAAAUUAGGAUAAUCGAGGUGCUGAUUUCGAAAAUGACAUUAAUUUUUUUUUUGGUCUUUACUUUUUUCCUUAAGUAGUACUGAAAAGCAGUAUUUUUUUUUUUAUUUUUUUCACAAAUACUCGAUUUCCGAUUUUUCGAUGGUUCUGAUUUCGAAAAUCUUAUUCAUUUUCUCGAUUUGAAAGCAGCACCAUCGAAAACCCCCAAAUCGAGUAUUCAUGAAAAAAAUUCAAAAAAUUACUACUUUACAGUACUACGUAAGGAAAAAAGUAAAGAUAAAAAAAAUGAAUGUCAUUUUCAAAAUCAGCACCCUCGAUUAUCCUAACUUCGGCACUUUCAUCAAAGAAAAAUAAUACUUUUUGGUUUCUCCAAUCGUCGCAGUUCCGGAUUUUUGAAAUUUUUUUUUAAAAUUUUUUUAUUAAAAGUGGUCUUGACGAAAGUCGACGCAACUUUUGAAUGGACCCUGGUGGAUUUUACUUUGUAUUCUGACUUUGCUCUUUCCAGAUCUGCAAGCUGCCGCGUCUGUCGUUGAACGGCGUGCGCUUCAAGCGAAUCUCCGGCACCUCGAUCGGCUUCAAGAACAUUGCCUCGAAGAUUGCGCAAGAGCUGAACCUGUAA